AUGGAUCGAGGAGCGCCAGCAUUCUCCUUCGUCGUCGUCGCGGUGCUCGCCCUGGCCUCGUCUGUCGCGUCCGUCAACGUGACCACGCUCGCGUUCGACGAGGGUUACGUCCCGCUCUUCGGCGAAGGCAAUCUGGUGCGCUCCGCCGGCGGGAGGAGCGUCAGCCUCCUCCUCAACCGCUUCUCCGGAUCCGGAUUCAUAUCGAAGGACAUGUAUUACCAUGGAUUAUUCAGUGCCUCCAUCAAGCUGCCAUCGGAUUACACGGCGGGGGUCGUGGUUGCCUUUUACACGUCCAACGGUGACGUGUUCGAGAAGAACCACGACGAGCUCGACUUCGAGUUCCUGGGGAACAUCCGCGGCAAGGAGUGGAGGGUGCAGACCAACGUGUACGGCAACGGGAGCACCUGCCGCGGCCGCGAGGAGCGAUACUACCUCCCCUUCGAUCCCACCGCCGACUUCCACCGCUAUUCCAUCCUCUGGACAGCUGAGAACAUCAUCUUCUACAUCGACGACACCCCUAUCAGGGAGGUCCGACGGUCCGAUGCCAUGGGCGGCGACUACCCGUCGAAGCCGAUGUCGCUCUACGCCACCAUCUGGGACGCGUCCAACUGGGCCACCUCCGGCGGCAAGUACAAGGUCAACUACAAGUUCGGCCCCUUCGUCUCCUCGUUCUCCGACCUCGCCCUCCUCGGCUGCCGAUUGGACCCGAUCCAGCAGGUCCCGACGACCCAAAACGGCUGCGCUGCCGCCGACGCAGAGCUCGCCACCACCGGCCUCCAUGUCAUGACUCCCGAGAAGCGGCGGGCCAUGCGCGCUUUCAGAGAGCAGUACAUGAGCUACUCCGUCUGCUACGACCGGGCUCGGUACCCGGAGCCGCUUCCGGAGUGCGACGUUCUGGAGUCCGAGGGGAAGAGGUUCCGAGAGACUGGGCACUUGAAGUUCCGUAGGCACCACCGGCGCAUGCCGCGCCGCGGUAGGCGUGCGGUGGUGGCCGACGCCAACAGGCAGCCACGGAUGUGACGAUGAAGCCAACGGGCACGGCUGUUGAUGCGUGGGCAAUUGGUGAUUAAGGUUAAAAUGCUGGCAUUAAGUACGUGAUGGUGAUGGUCUUA